AUGUCUUCUCCUCAGGACCGAGAUGUGCCGAUGGAAGACCAAGGUCAAGGUCAAGGUCAAGGUCAAGGUCAAGAUCCACAUCAACUAUUUCUCGAUGCUGACCAUGACUCUGCUAUUGGAGAGGAAGAACGUGACAUACUGUCCACAUCGUCGUUGAGGUCGAGUGUAUACCAGUUUCGACGAGAGAAUGGUCGGACCUACAACCGUUACGGCGACAGAGGUAAGAGUCCCUGGGAUCUGGACCACGCGGGCGCUGACCAUGCCGCCGACUAUGUGCUCCCAAAUGACGCGCACUGCUUGCUGAUGGAGACAUUUGGACCCGGACUGACGGCCUGUGGGGUUGAAAACAACCGCGACGUGCAACGAGUACUGGACGUCGGCACAGGGACAGGAUGCUGGGCACUCGAGUUCGCGGACAAUCACCCGGAGGCCACGGUGACGGGCGUCGACAUAAGUCUUGUGCAGCCGACAUCGAACCCGCCUAAUUUGUCGUUCGAAUUAUGGGAUGUCGAGAAACAAUGGGAGUACGAUUACAAAUUCGACCUUAUCUUCAGCCGCAUGAUGACUGGAGCCAUAUCUCAAUGGCGGAAGUUUGUGCGGCAAAGUUUUGACAACCUGAACCCGGGCGGAUACCUCGAAGUCCAAGACAUCUCGUUCCAUCUUCGCUCAUUAGGUGGAAACCUUCCCGAAGACUCCGCACUUGCUCAAUGGACACGCUAUAUGCUAGAGGCUAGCAUCAGGCUGGGAGCGCCUCUGGACAGCAUCGAUUGUGUUCGAGACAUCAUGAUCGAUACAGGUUUUGAGGACGUCCAGCAGAAAUCAUAUGUCUGGCCGAUGAACCCCUGGUCCAGAAUCCCGCACUACGAAAGACUUGGAUCAUGGAUAGUUCAAGACUUCACCACCUCGUUGACCGGGAUCAGCGUGGCGCUGUUCACCCGGGGUCUCGGCUGGACUCCCACCGAGUUGGAAGUCUUUCUUGUGGGUGUCAGGGAAGAUAUGCACGACGAGUCGACCCGCGCCUGGUGGCCCCUGUACGUGCCCUGCAUAUCAUUUGACUAUUGA